AUGGGUAAAAGUAGUAACAAAAAAAAAAAGAUUUAUCAAAAUGUUGCAAAAAUAAAAUUAAACAAUAAGCCAUCCCUAAAAUGGCGUCUAAUUAAUAAAGAAUCAAAUUUUUUUGACAAGGCGUUUGAGGAAAACCUAAUGAGUUUUCAGAAAAUGUCCUUGAAUGAAAAUGAUUAUUCUUUAGAAAAAGAAAAUCACAUGGAAACCAAAAUUGUACAUGUGGUUAAAAAAUUAAAAAGAAAAAAAAAAAAAAAAAAGAUAAAAAUUAGAGGUAGAAAGAAAAAGAGCAUAAUUAAAGGGAGGAGGAAAUAUAAAUGUUCAUAA